UCUAAAGGAGGCAUGGAUAAAUUCCUUAAGCCCACUGAUCAACCUGCUGAAUGACAGGACAGAGAGAGUGCAGCUUAAAGGAAAAUCAUUCAAAUCUAUGCUGGCACCCGUCACUGCAGAAGAUGUGUUGGAGUUUGAGCGUCAAGUCAAACAACUAGUGGAUCCCGAAAUUGCCAUUGGGAAGUACACAAAGAAUGACAUGAAGAAAGUAGACGGCUACCAUCACUUCAUGGCUGCACACUGCGUUGAGGGGACAUAUUCCUUACAGAUUAGGAAAUGUGGGAACGCCAACUGCUGUCGUCCAGUCCGGAGCCCUGAUGGAGUUAUUCCACCAGUCUUUCCAAACCCCAUGAUGAAGCCAGAUGACAGAGCACACUAUCAGACGUUCGAAUCACUGUUGGGCCAACAAACAGAUGAAUCCCACAUGCCUUCCAGCACCAACACUCCUACAGCUAAAGUAGCUGAGGAACAACAGGUACAUUUUAAUACAUUAAUUUCAUAGUCUCCACGAAACAUGUCAAACCUACCAGACAUGUCUGGUAAAAAUCUGUCCGGUCUGGUAAAAUGUUGUUUUAUGUUAUGCUAAAUAGAUUUAUAAGCCGGUAGGUUCAGUAAAGCAAAACCGAGUUUCGCGGAGACUGUUCAUAAAUAUACAAAUUUCUGUAACUAGUGUAAGGCUAAAUAUGCAUUAAAAGGUUCUAAAAUCAUGGCCUAAAUCAAAAGCAAUUUUUGCAUGAUAUAUCUAAAAAUGACACCAAGCUUGCUCCCAUUCAAUGUUUUAAUGGGGACAGAAACAUCAAAUGUUGUAGACAGACGAUUUAAUAUUUUUGAUUUUAUCUGUGUGUUAUAGGGAUGUCCGAAUAGUUUUCUGACUGCCCAGCAUGCAAGGGAUGCCGUGAGGUGUUUUCAGUGUGAAAAGCCGAGAUGUCUGUAUUCGAAGAAGGCUUUGGCUUCCAGGGAGGACCGUGCAUUGAAGCGCUUACUGGAGAAACGCCAAUAUUCAUGUGGCUCCAUUAUCACCGCUGAUGGUAAACUUCUCCAAUUGAGUCUAGUAUUAACUAUAAAAUGUGUAUAUAUAUUGUUGUGUUUCUGACAAAGAGUCAAUAAAUAAAUCGUUUAUUGUACAACAAUAGUAUCGUUUAUUGUACAGCAAUGGUAUGGUACGACGAUAAGAGUUGCAUAAUCGCACACUAUCUGUGAUCAGUCUUUAUAAGUUUAGAAAACGGUUCUUCGAAAGAAUCCUCGUUGUUAUUACUGGAGGCAUCCAUCU